AUUGACAACUAUGACAAAUCCAUUGAAUGACGUCAUAAAUUGUUAUUUUGAUUGUCAAUAACUUUAUAAAUUACGUAUUAUAGUACAAAGUGUGUGGAUUGAUUCUAUUAAAAUUAUACGCAACAUCACAAAUAAAUUAGAAUUGUCAUUGUAUUAAAUUAAAUUACUUAAACCGUUUCUAAAUAGGUGUAUUUACUUGUGAUAAACAAUGGAUGAAGAUAUUUUAACAACUCUUAAACUGCUAAUUAUCGGCGAAAGUGGCGUAGGAAAAUCUAGCCUAUUAUUACGAUUCACAGAAGAUAACUUUGAUCCCGAGCAAACUUUAACAAUAGGAGUAGAUUUCAAAACAAAACGAUUAAGUAUAGAUGACAAUACCGUUAAAUUAGCAAUUUGGGACACUGCUGGACAAGAACGAUUCAGAUCUUUAACUCCAUCAUAUUACCGAGACGCACAGGGUGCUGUUUUAGUGUUCGAUGUUAGUAGUUACUCCACAUUUGCCAAAUUAGAGAAAUGGCUACUAGAAUUGGACACAUAUUCAACCAAAAGCAAUAUUGUUAAAAUGAUAGUAGGAAAUAAAAUUGAUGUAGAUAACAGAGAGGUCAGUAGGGAGGAGGCCAUGAAGUUUGCCAGGAGGCAUCAAACUUUAUACAUAGAAGCCAGUGCAAAAACAAAAGAUGGAGUACAGUGUGCUUUUGAGGAAUUAGUUCAUAAGAUAAUUCAGACACCACUUUGGGAAUCGUAUGCUGAUAAUGGACUGCAAAUAGGAAAUAAAGAUCAUCCUGCUGAGUCAAGUUGUGGAUAUUGUACACUGUCUUAAAAUAAUAAUUGAACAAAUUUUAACUGUAUAUAGGAUAAUUUAUAUUAUAAAAGUAAUCAAAUUAUGGCAUUUUUUAAUUUAGUAUGUAAUACAUUUUGUUAUAAUGCUUUAAAUGUACUUUAUUGAAAUUAUAAGCUUUUAA